UGUUAUAUAUUGUAUGUACUAGUAUUCUGAAAUAGACUAGUGAAACAUGGAAGUGAAGAAAGACGAGAACAGUUCCUUACAAAACAUGAAACACGAGAUCAAUCAGAAAACAAAAGAAGAGGAAGAAGAAAGCGAGAUUCUAAAAAAGAGAAUCUCAACCCAUCCUCUUUAUGGGCUUCUUCUUCACUCACAUCUCAGUUGUUUAAAGGUGUGUUCCGGCGACUUUGACUCACCAGAGAUAAUGAACACGGCGGAUGAUCUUACCCUAACAAAACUCUCUCUCCACUCUGAUUCUUCACUCGAAAGUACCUCUUCAUCAGAGCUUGAUCAAUUUAUGGAAGCUUACUGCUUGACUCUACGGGAGCUGAAGGAAGCAAUGGAGAAGCCUCUUAUCGAAACUCACCGUUUUAUGGAUGCGGUGUACAAUCAGCUAAACGACAUUGUUCUUUCAUCAUCACCCCAUUAAAUAAGGGUGAAACGUGACAACUAUUCGGUGGUAUUAAUUAUGUUAAACGCAUUUCGCCAAGUUUGUGAAAUUACCAGUGUAUUCGUGUUUUAAAAUGCUGCGUUUUGUGGAGCUCUUUGUAGAAUCAUGUAACGGCAAUCGUAAUUUGAGAAUUAAAA